AUUCUUUCCAAUGGAGGUGUGUGAGAUUGCUCCUAACCAGAGGUGCUUGAAGAAACUGCCUAAGAAACUGGAGGCAGCAAUGAUAAGGACAACUGUACGACCACCAGCCGAACGACGAAAACAGAUAAUGGAAUUUAUCUCCAGUGCCAACUUCAACAGAGAUCCCGACAUCAAACAGUUUGACAUUACCGUUGACCUCCAAAUGUGUGAAGUCAACGGUCGUCUAUUACCUCCUCCACAGUUGCGAUACAAAGACAUCAAAAAUAAAAGCAAGCUGAUCACUCCUAGAGAUGGCAUGUGGAAUAUGAGGGAAUACAAAUUUGUGGAAGGAAAGAAGGUGACAAGUUGGGCUUUGCUUUGCUUUAUAUCAAGUGGUGGACAAGGAAGUCAUGGUGGUUAUAGUCGUCAGUGUUGUUGCUGUAAGUUGUCGUCUGAACUACAAAAAGCCAGCAAACGUUACGCAAUGCCAAUAGAUGGAGACCCAGCAUUUCAUGAACACAUAAACAAGCGGCAGCUUACGGAUGUGUUCCGUGCAAUGAGUAAUAUUGAGCUGGUGGUGGCAAUACUACCACACUACGACAGCAAGGAUAUCUACAGUGAGCUGAAGCAGUUGGGUGAUCUUGACUAUGAGAUACCGACUCAGUGUGUUGUUGAGAGAACAGCCAAGGAGAGUAACCUGCAAGUUUUGUCAAAUUUGUGUUUGAAGAUCAAUGCAAAGCUGGGAGGCGUAAAUGUAGUCGUUCCGGAAAUUUUGAGAUUCAAACCCGACGAGGCAGUCAUAUUCUUCGGUGCCGACGUUACUCAUCCUUCUCCAGGAACAGAUGAGACAACGCCCUCCAUUGCAGCGGUUGUAGGAAGCAUCGACAAGGAAGCAUGCAAGUAUGCGUGUCAAGUACGAGCUCAAAAAUCUAGAAAGGAAAUCAUCACGGAACUCCAAGGAAUGGUGACAGAGUUGCUCAAAGAAUAUAGAACGAGGACGCUAUUGUUACCAACUCGUAUAAUCUUCUACCGUGACGGUGUGAGUGAAGGACAGUUUUCUGAGGUUCAUGUUGAGGAAUUACAAGCUAUACAGCGUGCAUGCUUGUCUCUUCAUGUCAGUUAUCAGCCUGGCAUAACAAUGGUGGUUGUACGAAAGCGUCACCACACAAAGUUCUUUCCUGGUGAUAAGGAAGAUAAAUGCAGUAAAUCUGGAAACAUGCCACCUGGGACUGUUGUGGACACCGUUGUGGUCCAUCCUAUCGAAUUCGACUUCUUCCUGUAUAGUCAUCAAGGCAUACAAGGAACAAGUCGUCCUACUUACUACUACGUGCUGUAUGAUGACAAUGAAUUUACUGCCGAUGCUCUCCAGAUGCUAACAUACCAACUCUGUCACGUUUAUGCUCGUUGCACGAGAUCCGUAUCACUACCAGCUCCCGUCUAUUACGCCCAUCUUGCUGCUUAUCGAGCUCGUUGCUACCCACACUCACGGAUGAGUGGACAAGCAAGUAGCUCAGCAACUACAAGAGAACAGAAGUACAGCACAAUGAAGAUGAUUCGAGAGUUCUAGAGUUUCUAUGCAGUUGGACUUCAGUUUCUAUCCAGUUGGACUAAAUGUAUAGACUCAUACCCAGUCCUCUCCUCGCGAGAACUGGGUGUACGAGUCUAGUAAAUGUAGUACAUGUAGUGACUGUAGCAAAUCUAGUAAAAAUGAGUAACAAAGUU